ACUGCCAUUGCGAAGCGAAUCCCUUUUAUUUUUGGGCACCCUAUCGAACAAAUUUCUAACAAUUCAUUCGUUUGUUGUAAUAGCAUGCAAACAUUUCUACAGGAAUUUUACACAUGCAGCAAGAAACAAAAAGCUACAUUAUAUUGUACUUGUGCGCUUACCAAUAAUUUAUUUGUUGUACCCCUUCACUGUUCGUCACAAUCACUUGACGUUUCGCUAAAAUAAUCAGAAUUACAUAUGUGUUGUUUCGAUGGCAUUCCUUACAACGUACACUACGCAACGGCGGAUAAUACAAUAAAAAACGGACUGCAGUUGUAGUUUCACUUUCGGUGAAAGAGUACCACGCUAUGCUCUGAACGCAUUCCGUGUACUUGUGAUUGUGUUACACGUAUCUUACUAAAGUCGCUAACCAGAUACUCAGUCAUUUGAUCGUACAGUAAAUAUAGUGCUUAGAUGGUAUGAUGACGCGGCUAGCUAAUAUGAUAGAGGUGAGCACUACCGGUUUUAUUACAAAUUACUUUAUACAUACGAAUGAAGAAGUAAACAUAGGCAAAGUAGCCAAUGAUUGUGUUAUGAAAAAAAGUAUUUAGUAACACCGUUAUGUACAAAACUCGGUUUAUAAGUAGUUAAAUCAUAAAUGAGCAAAUAAGUUAAGCAGCAAGGAAAAAUAAAAGAAAGCUAAAUAAUAUAUAUCGUUUUCAAAUAUUUUAUAUAUGGAAGUAAUUGAAGUGAAAAUGGUACUAGGAUACACUGAUUAAAAAUUCAUUAUAAUAAUAAAAAUAUAGGUAAUAUAAAAAAUAAAUUAAAUUAAACUCUGUUGACAUAGUACCUACGUUGUGUCAAAACUAAUCAACCUAUUUAUAUUAAAACAAAAAUAAAACUUUAUGUUGUGCAAAUAUAUACUCAUAGUCUAAUACAAAUAGUUUGAAAUAAAAAGAUUAGAAACUUUCUGAAUAAUAUAUUUGGGGGCAUGUAUAAAAUCGAUCAAAACGAGGUGGAAAAUGCCAUCAACUCGGUCUCAUUUAAGCUUAUAUACUAGUACUCGACUCGUUAACUCAUGAUUAAAAAAAACUAAUGUUAAUCUCAAGUUUGAAUAUAAUUAAUAUUUGAGCUUCUCAUAAAAUGCAUUACACAUGCAUCAAAAUCAUUCCGAUAAGCCUGAAGACAGUGAUUGUGAAUCGUACCCGGUCCCAUGUAAUUUAAAGAUGGGUUAGUUGUACACCAGUAGUGACAUAGCCUGUUUUUCGGAUUGCAGAUAUAUAUGUAUGUAUUCCAAUUAAUAUGUCAAUUGAUAAAGUUUAAAGCAUUCUUUUUUUUUGUUAUCAAGUUUAAGAACAUAAUUAUUUUAAAUCAAAGCCAGUUAGAGCUUCCUAAAUAAGUAUUACUGCGAUGAGCUUGGAUUGGAUAAAUGGAUCAUUGGGUAACGAUCAUAAAUACCACAUCUUGAAAAUAUGCGGAUCUUUGCGUUAACAUUCAGUAUCUGUAAAACUUGCUGCGGGAAAGAAGAGAAAAUUACAUUACUGCAACGCAACUCUAACAAAAACUCGAGCAUAAAGUCACUUCACUUGUGUAAACUAUAAUAAUUAUACAUUAUUUGCGUUAACAUUCAAUAUCUGUAAAACUUGCUGCGGGAAAGAAGAGAAAAUUACAUUACUGCAACACAAACGCUAACAAAAAUUCGAGCAUAAAGUCACCUAAGUCACCCCUGUCCCAAUUGCAUCAUCAUCUAAGCAGUAAUAAUGCAACCAAUGUGGCCCACGGCAGCCGUUGCUGCUGCUCAUAUUCAAGCAGCUUUAGCUGCAGCCGCUGCUGUUACCAAUGAAAAUAAUAGUAAAAACACCGUUUGUUCAAUAAGCUGCGAGGUUACAAAGGUUUCCACUGCCAGUACUAUUGCAGGUAUCAGAAAGAAUAAUUAUAAUCUUGGUAAUACCAGUACGAAAAAGUGCAUGACUGUUACAAAGUUAUUAAAUCAUGCUGAUAGUAGCUUAGCGGUUAUAAUGCCCUCUUCUACUUUGAUGCCAAUGUUACCAUAUUCAACCGAUGUUGGUGUUACUCCGCCAGAGUCUCCCAUAAAUCAAUUUUAUUCUAAAUAUCAGGAGUCAUCCUUAGAUGUGGACGAUACUAUAAGCUCAAAUGGACCGUCUGAAUCGCUUUCAAAUGAUAUAAGCACUUAUGCCAGUGACGAAAGAGAGCAAGACAAUGGGUUGGAAACAGAUACACCAUUGAAUUUGACAACACAUAAAUUUUUACAGCGCUCAUCGCUGCCAUGCUUUACAACUAGCUCACCUGGAUUGCAACAACAGCAACGCGAAGUAUUGACUGUAAUGCCUUCUUCUUCUCCGAUAUUAUGGUCAGCACCAGCAGAGGUAUUUUCUACAGGGAAUGGGACAAUCAAGGCCGAUGAAAAUGUAACUUCCCUGCAGUUAAACGAUUCCAUAAGAAUAGCAGCAGCUGCCGCAGCUGUUGCAGCAGCAGGUUUGCCAUGUCAGUUCUUACCAUAUACUAAGCAUCAAUUGAAAAAUCGAAUCAACGUAACAGCUGGUGCUGCAACAAUUGAAUGUAUAUCGUCUUGUAGUGAUCAGAUCCGCUCUCAUUCCAAUAAUAACGUGUUUUCAGAAACGGAUGCAAGCUUACUAGCUUGUCGGAUGUGGAGCGCGGCUGUUAAUGGAGCAGAAGAAGUCCCAAGUCCUCCAGUUACCAUAAAUAGUCAGCAACAUCAACAGUUAUAUCAACAAUCGCCAAGCUUAGCUCCUAUAGUUCAAUUACCCAGCCACUGUAGUCCCGAGAGUAGUAGUAAUGAAGAGGAUAUGGCUGGGAAAAACAUGCGCUUACCAAACACAAGCCAACCAAACGCCGAUUCUAUGCUAAAAUGUACAGAAAAAAAGGGUCAAACAAUUGUAGAGCAGUUGGAAUCAUUAGCGCCGCAACAGCACCAAGAAAAUAAUAUGCACAAUUCUAGUAUAAAGGUGCAUAACUUGUCUGUGCAUGGACAGUCAGUACUUCAAAAACAUCUGCAAAAUAAAGAGAUUCUUAAUACAUCAGAAUCCAUUGACAUAAUAUAUGAUUCGGGCAUUAAAACCAAAAACCCUUCACAAGCGUCAAAUAAUGCACAUUUACAUAGUAACGGCAAGCCUCAUAUUAAACGGCCUAUGAAUGCUUUUAUGGUGUGGGCUAAAGAUGAACGGCGAAAAAUUUUAAAGGCUUGUCCAGAUAUGCAUAAUUCCAAUAUAUCUAAAAUACUUGGGGCACGCUGGAAGGCUAUGACCAAUUCCGAUAAACAACCAUACUAUGAAGAGCAGUCUCGUCUAUCAAAACUACAUAUGGAACAGCAUCCGGAUUAUCGUUACCGGCCACGUCCUAAACGAACUUGCAUAGUAGAUGGUAAAAAGAUGCGUAUAUCUGAGUAUAAAAUUUUGAUGCGCAAUAGACGCGCUGAAAUGCGCCAAUUAUGGUGUCGUGGAAAUAAUAUUUCAGGAGGGGCUACUACCAUCAAUACAUCUUCCAACGGCACUUUGCCAAUUCUUAACGGGCCAGAAAUAGCUGUUGGAAACAGCAUUGCAACUACCUAUCAUAUUCAAGAUAUUAACACGGUGAAAUCAACGCUGGACGUGACUCAACUAGAUAAUAAUGUCAUUAUAGAUGGAGGUGCAGUUACGAAUGGAGUGACGUCGAGCAAAGCAAGUUACUAUUACCCGCCGAACGGUAUGUCACCUUCUGGACUUUUAUCUGAAGGUAACACUCCCAGCUUCAGUUCUCACGACGAUGAUUGAAAAAUACUCGUAAAAAAUAGCAUAUAUAAUUUAAUCAAAAUAUAUUACUCAGUCAUUUGAUUAAUUAAUUUGAACAAACCGUGUGCCAUUCGCAAUACUUAUACAAAGACCAUAAACAUUUAUACAAAAAUGCAUAUGUACAUACAAAAAUAUAUAAGUCUGUAUAUACAUUCAUUCGUGCGUAAAUACAUAUUAUAUACAUAACCUCUUCGGAUAUACCCAAGGUUUCUUUUUGUUAAGUAAUUUAUUUAGUCAAUGUAUUAUUUUUUACAAUUUCAAAACGCUAAUGUUUUAUAUGUUCAUCUUUUAUAUACAAAUUGAGUAUGUAUAAAAUUUUAAAUUUAAAAAAAUUGCUAAAAUGUGUCUCAUUUUAAACUUGUAUCAAACGAUUUUGUGCCAUAUACGAGAAGUAGUAGACUAAAUAAUUCAGAAUGUUAUUCGAUUAUAAGCACCUUGAGUAGUAUAUCUCAACGCAAUUUAAAUAAAAUGUGAAAAUAAAAGCAUCUAUUAUAUCUUCUAUACAUAAACAUAGAA